UGGGCAAAGACAUCAAACAGUCGCCCACCAUAUGGUCGCGCCCUAUGCCGCUGGCCUGGUAUUUCAAGUCACAGUGGGAACGGGAGUACGGAAACAACGGGCGCUGGAAAGAGCACUUCUGUCACGAUUGGUUCCAACAGGAGUCGUACGCCGACCGGUUCGCCCGAGUGGUGUUCCGGUGUCCCUGUACUCUACAACAGGCCGAGCUGGACAGGGGUCGCUUCUCGCCCGACCUCGAGUGCAACGUCAUUGACCGCAAGUGCGAUACCUUUCACAGAGGGGCCCAACACUGCCUCAAGACUGGACGGCCGUCAAUCGGUGGUUCCGGACAGACCUGUUGUUACGACGACUACAGCGAGCUUUUACAGACCGCUGACACUAUGUAUGGCGGCAGACCCUCCCGGGCCUAUAUUUAUGGCAAACAUCCCUUUAAGAUGCGCAUGAUGAUCCCGGCGCUGUCCGAAUGGCUUCACGACACAAUGCCGUUCUUCUUCUGCUGCAAAUGGCAGGCCAAGGAGGACAACGCCCACACGUGUCAGAUGUAUAACUACUGGCGCACAUCGCAAGACUGCUCAUCAUACCAGGCACCGGCCAUCGGCUCCGUGUACGGCGACCCACACUUCGUAACCUUUGACCGAUACAACUACACGAUGAACGCUAAAGGGGAGUACACUCUGGUCCACGUGGACAACGCCAUUCACAAACUAGACGUCCAGGCCCGUUUUGAGCAGGUGCCCCGUAAUAGGCGGACUGACCCCCCGCUCAACGCCACGGCACUGAUGGCAGUGGCCGCGCGCGACAAUAUCUCGUCUAUAGUGGAGUUCCGGUUGAGACCGGUAGCCGCCCGUUGGCGGUACCAAAUGUAUGUGAUUGUGGACAAGGAGUACGUGUUCUGGUGGGACGAGUCCAUGAGAUUGCAGAACUUCAAGGGCGUGACCCUCUACCAGCCCGCGGGUAUACAGAAUAUGUCGCACGUGAUCGCUAUGUUUGACUCCGGGGCCGGUGUCGAGGUGAUGACCGAUGGCGGACACCUCACUGUUCACGUGUAUAUGCCCUAUACGUUCAUGAACGGGACGGGAGGGCUGUUAGGUUUAUAUUCGCGUGACUUCCGGGACGACUUUACACUGCCUAAUGGGCAACAGAUAUCACUGCAGAGCACUCAGGAGGACAUCCAUAUGCGGUUCGGGAAGGCGUGGCGAGUGCAGGAACGGGUGGCAAUCGGCGACCCCAAUCAGGUGGCCUCCCUCUUCCAUCACGACGCCAUACCGUUCGCCUACUACGACGACCCCAACUUCCUGCCCGACUUCGGUCUACCCCCGCGACUGCCCGAUUGGGCCGAACACCUGCGCCCCGAAAUGGACUCCGUGUGCGCCGACUCCGUGCCCUGUCAGUACGACUACGUGAUCACCCUGAACAAGGACUACGCCAAAGUGACCAAGCAACACGAGGCAUACGCACUCUACCUGGCCAAUGAGGCUAAUAGGAAAUAUCCCCGAUGCCCGGCCCUACCGAAGCCCCUCAAUGGUCGCAAGUCUGAGAACAGGUAUUGGCCAGGUACUAUUGUCAGGUUCUCUUGCGAUGAUGGCUACCGAUUGGUCGGUUACGAAGCCCGCCGUUGCCGAGAGGACGGCCUGUGGUCUUGGGGUGUGGACCCCGAGUGUAUCAGU